ACGAUUUAAAAACCUUUCCGGAUGACAUGCAGUUUGAAUUUAUGGGGUAGAGGAUUUCUAGACCAACAGAGUCAUAAAAAUCCAGAAAAGACAGGUGUAAACUUAACGUCACGAUUCACAGUUUUGAUUGAUUGGAAAUCAAUCGGCAACCAGUUGUUUCAGGAAGAAAAAUAAUUCACGUGGAGAUUAUCUUCCGAUGACAUUUCCGGAAUUGGAUUAACAACUUCCGAGUACAAGGAUGUCGCAAUCCUCAGUGUGAAGGGUGUUCUCCGUCCUGUUAUGGGAGUAUAUACUAUCGAGGACGCAGACGAUGACGAUGAACCGUCUUCCAGUGUAUGUUGUUUGGGAGGAUGUGUCACAGGUUGUGCUUUAGCAAUACUACUCCUUGUUAUUUUACCUGCUGGUGCUCUGAUCACAUUUUACGCUGGAAAUAACGAAGACUAUGGCGUCCUAUCAGCUGGAAUAUGCAUGAUCGCGAUCCCGCUUCUUUCAGUACCCACUUUUAUCUUUAUUUUCAUGAACAGAAGGCGGAUUCUAAAAUUUAGAAAAACAAAGGUUGUUGGUUGCUCUAACUCUUCUGUAGGAAGAGAUAGAAAAGUACGCUAUUGAAAGUAUCGACACGACAGUGACGUCAUGGAACUCCAUCUUAGUGAUUUACCAGUGCCAUGGGUAUAGACAACGAUUUUAGACUCACCAAAGUGCUUACAUUUUUUCAAAGUUGCACAGUUUGGGGAUGCAUCAACGAAUGAAUUUUGUAUACUCGGUUUGGUAAGCUGGUUUCAGAGUUUAAACUUCUGUUAGCAGUUAGUCAGUGACAGGUGCAAAUCUGUUUACUUAAAUACACUGUCAUACUGUAUGCAAAAGCAAAUAUUGUGUGCUAAAUGGUUCAUCUAUGGUAUUUUUUUUAUGGAGAGAGCUUUCCAGUAAGCUUUCGAAAUCAUGAUAAAGAAUUGAUAAAAUUUACAUUACAUACUCGUAUGUCUUUACUUAUCCAACAUAAAAUCACAGCAGAAUGCGACCUAAAUUUACUUUUGCACACAGGAACAAAUUUGCUCACGAUUAAAUUUCUCGCCGUAUAAACACAGUGAUAGUCAGUAUGAUUCUCAUGUAAGUUGUAUACAAGAAUAAGAUGUAUGAAAUUAUUACUUUAGUUUCAUCUACGAUAAAAUUUAUACUCUAGCACUUAGGCAAUAAUCUAACCUGCUGGCUUCAAACUGACUACGACCAUUUUAUAAAUAUCCAUCCAUCUUUUACUAAUUAACGAUUUUAAUGGUCCUAAAUCAAUGAUUAAUUAAUUAGUCAGGAAUAUAUUACCAAUAAAAAAAAUUAAUUAGUGAAAGAAAUGUGUAAGAUUUAAAUGGUUAAAGGUGAUUGCCUUAAAUUUGUUGAUAUUAAAAUUUAAAUUGUGUUGAUAUAUUAGAAUCCAAAUUUUUGUAUGUUAUAUAAAAUUGAAUCGAUUAGAACUAUUUUGAAUUUUGAAGGCAAUUGUUGGAUUAAAUAAUGUUGAUUGAUUUCUGCCAUUGCUAAACCAGAACCCCAAGACCAUAAACCGAGAAGGCUGAAGUAAAAAUUUAGAUGUCGGAUAUGUUGAUAUCUAUUGUACAACCAUGUUUAAAAAGUUGCAAGUUUAAAUAAUAUGAAAAAUAUAAACACAUGAUGAAAAUUUUAUUGUAUUUCUAAAAUUAUGGAAUGUUAUGCUAAUUUGAAAUUAUGACUUAAGUCUUUUGUAAGUUUAUGGCCAUGAGGCCUGGUUAAAAUGAUACCCAAGAACAGCAUAUACUCAAAGAGAUUAAGAAAUGCAAAAGAGAGUACUUGUUAAGGUUCAGAAUGUUUAGAGUUUUUUUGCUUUUUUUUUUUUAAUUUGCAUCCUUAUUAUAGAAAUGUACUUUUCAUUAUGCAUUAAGAAUAUGACGAAAUCCUUUUCAGUUGUGCCAAAAAAUCAUCCUUUGUUUUAACUUUUCUUCUUUCUGUAAAGUUUUUGAAGUGUAUGUAUUUUAAUUUUUUUUUCGACGCUAUUUUCACUUUCAUGUAGCAGCUGUCCCUUGUUAUUCAGUGUUUACAUAUAUGUAUUGGAUAUUCGAUGCAAUAAAUGGCUUGCUUUUGAAGAGCAGAGUCCGCCAUAAUAUCAGAAGACAUAUCAAUAAAAGUGUUCACAAGAACUUGGUGUGUUUCCCGUGUGUGUGUGUGUGUGUGUUUGAGAGAGAGAGAGAAAGAGUGGGUUUGUUAGUUGUUUGCUUUAAUCCCUUUGAGAGAGAGAGAGAGAGAGAGAGAUGGGAGAAAACAUUUUGGUGAAGGAUUGUUAAAUAUGAGAUACUUGUAUAUAAGCAAUAACUUAUUUUUGUUAUUUCUAGGAUGGUUAUAUGUACAUGUACUAGCAUGUUAUUUCCUGAGAAUUUAAUACCAUCUAUUCUUUGAGCAAAAUAUACUGUUAUUGUUACUUAACUGGUAAGGUUAUAUCCAAAAUAAUUUUGAUGUACUACAAUUUUUUUGUUCCUUAAUUGAUUUGACUGUUUAUCUGACCUGUCAUGUUGAAAUGUGUCAACUUGAAUUUUAAGUCAAAAUCUACCUAUUUCUCAUAUAUAUGUUUUUGACAAGAAUAGGGAAGAAAUGAUUGAAGUUUGAUAUUGAAUAUAGAUCUAUCAAUCAUAGUCUCAGGUUACUUCUCUGUUUUGUAUAUUUUCAAUAUCACUCUGUUUUGUAUGUGUUCCGAAUGUAAUAUAAAAACUUGUUUUUGAGUUAGUUUGUUCCGAAGAUUGUGUAAAUUUAAAGACAAACUUAGCCAAUGAAAUCCAGUUUUGUUUUUCAUUUGUUUUUAUCUUGUUUAAGGAAUAAAACCUGGAACUUGU